UUUUCCGUUGGGUUUUGCCUAAAAUGUGCAUAGAUUUUGCCUCCAAAGAAGGGAAAUUGAUCUUUAAAGAGGCGCUAGAGUCGGGAUUCUUAAACAUUUUCUUUGAGAUUGGACCACAGAUUGUAAAUCAAAAAGAUAUAAAUCUGUGCGGACUUUCGUCGCUUGUUAUGAUUUUGAACGGGUUUAAAGUUGAUCCAGGUCGAGUUUGGAAAGGAAUAUGGAGAUGGUAUGAUGAAAGAAUGGUCAGAUCUUGUAAUAUUGAUGAAAUAGAAAAAGAGGGAAUUACCAUGGACCAGCUGGCUGGUAUUGCAAGAUGUAAUCAACUUAAUGCUGAUGUUGUUUAUGUUAAUGACCAUGCAAGUAUUGACGACUUCAGGGAAGUUGUAAAGCAAUCUUGUAAGGGGAGUUCUAUGGCUGUUAUUUGCUCGUUUGGGAAAUCGUAUUUGGGGGAAUUAGGGGUUGGCCAAUUUGCUACCAUAGCAGGAUACCACGCCGAAAGAGGGUUGGUCUUGGCAUUAGAGCCUGCAAGGUACAAACACCGGAUAUUUUGGACUCCACUAGAAUGCUUAUGGAGAGCGAUGGUAGCCACGGAUAAAGUGACCAAUCCGACCAUUGGUAUACAACGAGGUUAUAUGGUUUUCAGCCAAGCUAAGCCGUUAAAAAAUAGAAAGAAUAUCAAAUAAGAAUAUCAAAUAAAUCGUAUCUUUUUAUGCUCAAGUGGUUGGGCAACGACAGUCGUUAUAACACGGUGCUUUAUACACCCCGGACCCGCUUACGAAUUAUAUUACCUGCCUACUACUUUAGUUGCUACCAAAAUAUAGCUGGAAUGCAGGUGAUAAUAUACAAUUUGUGUUUAUAUACUGAAAUUAUUUGUGUUUUAUUUAUAUAUAGGCCUUAGUAUUAAUAUUGUGAAGUUUCAAAAUUAUAAGCGUUAAAGCUUAUUUAUGUUACUAUUUGUUGAUUUUAAACGUUAUGGUUAAAAUAACAGUAUUUAUCUAAAAUGUGCAACAAAUAAAAAUAUACAACGGUG